GGCGGGCUGCGCUGCGCUGCGGGGGAACGAAGGGAGGGCGGAGGGCGGAGGGCGGAGGGCCGAGGGGGCGAGUGGGACGAGAGGUGGGCGUGCUCUGCGCUCGCUUUUCUUCCCCCCUCUUCUUUCCUUCUUGCGGGUUCGGUUUGGGCCGUCGGACGGCCACUUGUUUGGACCGCAGGGUUUUUUGGAGGGCAGUCGGUCUGUCGGUCGGUCGCUCGAUCGAUCGAUCGAUCGAAGGUUUGGAUUUGAUUUGUGACCAGUCCGGUACUGUACUUUCGCCUCUGCGCUCGAGACUGUACUUUCUCCCCCUCGCGCUUCGAGCUUCCUCUCAUUUGGGAAGUGGUCGACGUUUGUGGCAGUCUCGUUUCGUUUCGACGCAGUGGUCGAGGUUGGUGGCUCUGGUUGCGUGGCGUGGCGAGGCGUGGCGUGGCGUUGCGUUGGGGUUUGGUGGAAUGUGUCGGAGUGCAGGGAGGGGAGAAGCGGAGGAGUGAUUUGGUUCGAGGUUUUUGUUGUUGUUGGUGUUGUUGUUGUUUCAGUGGGAGGGAGGAAAGAAUCGGAGGAUUGUGAUGUUGGAGUAGGGAGUGGGAGGAGGUGACAGGUGGCCGAGUGCCGCUUGCUGUUGGGGAGUUUCUAUGGAGCUGGCGUCGUCGAGUGUCAGAACGCCUUCGCAGUGCCUGGCGGAAGGGGUGGCGUGCAUCAGGGCUUCUGAUAGUGGUGGUGCAUCUCACGCCGUUGUGGCGUCUUCUUCUUUUUCUUCUUCUGCUUCUUCUGCUUCUUCUUCAUCUUCGUCGUCGUAUGGUGUCUUCCUGUCCGGCCGAAGCUGCGUGGCUCCAAGGAAGGCGUGUGGGGCGAGAGUUGUAGCUUCGAGAGAUCGGCUUUCAUGCGGCUUGUCAGGAUCGUUGUACAGGAGUUUUGAGCUCGAGAGGCCUGGUGGUAGUCCGAGGGCUCGUUGUAGUGUAUGCGCAGGCUGUAAAUUAGGGCAGUUUCUCGCGGCCGAGGGCUGUACUCUGCAGGGCGACGUCGCUGGGCCGAGUGGAAGGAUUCACAGGACGGAUUUUUUCGGAAGCUAUCUGGACGUCAGUAUGGGUCCGCAUGGAUUAGUCUGCGGCAGCCGAAACCUCCUAAUUAAGAAGGAGAAGCUUAGUAGGAAUAAUUGGCCUUCUUCAAGUUUUUCCCAGCUAUGUCACGCUUCCGCUUCUGCAGGGCGUACUUCUAAAAGUGGCCCACAGGUGCAGAAGAAGACUGUUAACAGCAACUCAGGCCACAGCGGCUGGAACGUAAAACGCACUGUUGGACUUAUUAAGUUUCCUUCGACCUCGAAGCGCACUGCUUCUUGCAACAGGAUCACCUCUUCGGUAAAUGAAAGAAUCAAUCGGAAACAGGCGAAGCGAUGUGUACAAACUUUUGCAACACCAUCUGAUUACAGAAUGUCGUAUCCUGACGUUUCUGCUGAUGCAGUAGCUUCAUGUUCUUACCUCAUUCAGGAUGGAGAUACACUCACUUCCAUUGCGAAUAAGUUCAAGACAUCCGUUCCAGUUCUUGCGCAAGUCAAUAAGAUCGAGAAUGUCGACUUGUUACUGGCUGGGCAACCAAUUCUUAUACCGAGAGCAUAUGAACGGGUCCCUGGUCCCGGAGUGGAUAUAGACGAAUUUCCCGUUCCAUCUGGAUACGAACUGAGAACGUCUCCUUCAACCACUGUGUAUCACCAACUAGGUUAUACAAGUGUUCCUAAUGCCAGGGAAGCUACUUCAAAUACUCCGGCUCAAGAAUCUCGCAGUCAAGUACUGGCAGCAUCAGUCAUGCUGCCACCUGUUGGACCCAAUUUUGCCAAGUUCGCGGUCCCAGUACUGUUGAUUGCUCCCCUUCUGGGUUUCUGUAUCAGAUGCAUCGUGGAUGCCCUCUACAUUCACAUGGAUAAAGAAGCAGCUAAGCAACAAUCUGAGAGGGAAUCCUAUGUAGAAACGCAUCGGCCAAAAGCAAAGCGCUGGCAGAGAAUAUUGGAAGAGGAUAGAGAUUCAGAUGACGGUGAAGGACCAAACUUGAUGAAUGAUUGGCCAAAAGACAACGUGUGGAGCUCCGAAUUGACGGGACCUACAGAGAAUAUCUGGAGUUCUGAAGUCACUGACUUAAUGGACCCUGACGCACGAGAGAUGACCAGGGAAAUACUUAGCAUGGAACAAGAAGACGAAGUCGUCAUAAGAGACGAAAAGGAGGACUAUGAAGACAUAAGAAAAUCCUACGCUGAACUCGAGUCCUCCUACAUGAAGUUUUUAGUGGAUAGCGGUCUUUCUAAGUCAGGAUAUUGGCGAGGCGGAGUACCUACUACCACGGCUCACAACGGUGAGCCGCAGUAAGGACAUGUCAGGACCAUUUAUGUAUGAUACAAACCCUUGUUUUCGGUGUCACAGGAUUGCACAAUCAAGGCAUCUUCUAUUUUGCACAAAAGUGCCUCUGGAGAGAAUCGAUCACCGUCUGUCCAAAGACGUCUCUUUGGCUCUUUCCUCCUUCGUGGGCCAAUUUUACAGGCCCAUUAUCUGGAAGGUUUGUGUUUACCUUGAUAGUGCCUUCAGUUGCAUUCGUAGUCUGUACUAGCUUGGUCGAACCUUCUCAAGCAGGACACACCUGCCCUUUCAAAUUAGAGUUUAUUUAUCGGGGCGUGGGUUUGUCGUUGCUGCUGUAACUAUACUAGUGCUUCUUUGUCUAGUUAGUCUUUGAGAAAGACGAGGUGGUUUCUGAUGGCUAGCCAGGGCCAUGGCAAGAGUUUAUCAAUGUACAGUUGAUUCGAAGAUGCCAGGUUUUUCCUGGCUUGGAAUGGAAAGAGAAUGUUAAAUUUUACUACUAACACCGUAC